AUGGAACAAGCUCUAUGGUUUGCUCAGACCUUUGGUCUCAAAUUGAGCUCAGUUACAUUCAAAGAUGAUAGUGGCAAAUCUCAUGAGAUGGAUUACCAGACUGAAGAUGGGAGAGGAACGCAUUAUAAAGAUCUGUCUGAAGAGGAAAGAGAAAAGGUUCACCAGGUCUUCUAUGUCAUGGACAGUUUUGCAUAAGUGAGGCGGCUUAUCAUGAAUUGACAAUGGCAGAUGGUGGGGAAAAGCUCCCUCGCUCAUACUUGGCAAAGCAGUGCAAAACCGACCUAAACAGUCUUUGCCACAUAACCAGAACCCCGGGUGUGGAAGAAGGUGCGCAGAUGGAUCUUAAAUCUGAAUUACAGAACGCAAUAAGGAAAAAGGCAAGUUUUUUUAUUUUAUAACCCAUUAUGUAUUAUAAAUUGUUAUGUUCUAGCUUCUCUAAGGGGAUUAGGGGGUAAACUAUCAACUUGACUGAAAAAAUAACACUCGACCCCCUUUAGGAGCUUCAAAUUUCUAGUCACCCAUCCCAAUUUAAAUUACAUUUUACUAUAACCCCCCCCCCCCUCCCCCAUACAAAAGCUGUUAGUUUUAUAGCAAUAACAAACUCCAAACUUGGAUAAAUAAAUUCAUUGUAGGUAUACAUUUGUACAGCGUCAUUGAUACAGUAGUUCAUGCCAAAUUAAAGUCUGUGUACAUAGUCUCCAUUAAUUAAUAAGUUCGUUGUUGGAUUGCAAGUCGAUUAAAGAUAAUAAGGAAGAUCUCAAUCCGUAAGCCCAGAUCAUCAUCAAUGCAAUGAUGUGAUGUUAUUAUAUGAAAUAUAUAUUCUAAUCAUAUGAUAUGAAAUAUAUAUCAAUAUAUAAUAUGAAAUUAUAUCAUCAUAAUGAUCAUAUUAUCAAAUGUUUGCACUGAUGAUGAUCCGGGCUUCCUGAUCGAAAGCUUUGUGUAAUUUAAUCGUGGUGUUUUUCACAAAAAUAUAAAAACAAUUAAUAUUUACUAAAAUUUUAAAUGAAAAGAUUCUUCAAAAUGUUAAUAACUGUUGGUGUAUCAAAACAAGUUCCUGUUUCACAGCAACAACAUGUUAGAAUCUACUUUUGACCCUCCCCUCUAGGUGGUACGUAUAAUGAAUGACGACCCCCUUUUUUCCUAACUUAAAUUCUUGUGACCCACCACCUAUUUUUACCCUCCCCCUCUAUAAAUAAUGUACCGGUCCCUAAUGACAGACAAUUUUACUUGUAAAGCCUUAAUUGAUAUGAGUGCCUCCUUUGUAUAGCACUUAAUUAUGGUAUUUGUAUGCUCCUUUUCAGGUUGAUUUAGAGCAGUUCAAAGAAAACAGUGGUCACAAAAUUAGAAUCAAGAACAGUGGUGAUGGGCACAAAUGA